GAUCAAGGUCUUGAUAUUGGGCUACAAGCUGUGCUCUCACAGGUGAAGAAACAAGGCCUUUGCAAGCAAACUCUUCUUCAGAGAGGAGUCGCAGAACAGCAUCAAAAACGAUUCUGACAAAGUACCAGGGAUGCAAUAGUUUAAUUUAUUGUUUUAUCAAGGAAACGCGAGAGAAAUGCAGAAGCUAGGAGAUUUCAAGCUUCCCCAGUUCUUCAAUUACCCACCCUAUUUCACUCUGCAACCUGUGAGGGACACCCGGGAUAAGCAGGUAAAACUGUGGAAGGAGCUAAUCCUUGAGUACUGUAGAACUGAAAAGAUAUUUGUUAUUGGACUGGAAGAAGAUUUUCCUCUAUUCUCAAAUCCUGUGAUUGAAAGAUCUCUUGGUCACGAAGCUAAGGAAGCAUUUCUUUCUUUCUUGGUGUCUGAAGGUCGUGCAGAAUGGUUAGAUAAAGGACAUAGGAGAUGUCUUAUCCUCUGGCAUAGGAUUGAAGACUGGGCUGACAUUAUAAUACACUUUGUGAAAGACAAUGGGUUGGAGGACAGCGUUAUGACUGUUGAAGAAAUGCGUUCAGGGAUUGAAUCUCGAGGAACAGAGCUUCAUGGAAUGGAUCGGACAAUUUUAAUGCGAGCAUUGAAGCUACUUGAACACAAGGGGAAGCUCGCGAUCUUCAAAGGGACUUCAACAGAUGACGAAGGUGUCAAAUUCUCCUUGUAAUAAUCUACUAAGUGCAUCACUUGCUGGAGUGCCGCAUUUGAAUGUAAUCAAUCAUUAAAAGAUUCUUGACGUAAUUUUGGUGGAUAGUUUUCCCAAUGAGUCUUUAAAUCUUACCGUUUAUCAUUCCGAUCUUCCUUAACUGGAUAUCUUUCUUGAUUUACUGGUUGAGUAUGAUUCAUUUGUUAA